AUGACUACAGCAAUUCAAACGGUCUCGGAGAGCAAAGAGUUGCGUGGGCUCAAUCUAAUUGCGGCUCAUUCUCAUAUUCGCGGUCUAGGUGUUGAUCCAGAUAGUCUUGAACCCCGUGCAUCAUCGCAAGGACUUGUAGGACAAGAGAAGGCGCGUAAGGCUGCAGCUGUAAUUCUACAAAUGGUCAAGGAAGGGAAGAUAGCAGGUCGAGCAGUUUUGAUUGCAGGUCCUCCGAGUACUGGAAAAACCGCAAUAGCAAUGGGAAUGGCACAAUCUCUAGGUUCGGACGUGCCAUUUACCAUGUUAGCUUCUUCGGAAAUAUUUUCUCUGGAAAUGUCGAAAACGGAAGCACUUACCCAAGCCUUUCGAAAGUCAAUUGGUGUGCGCAUAAAGGAGGAAAGUGAGAUGAUCGAGGGAGAGGUUGUUGAGAUACAGACCGACAGGAGUGUAACAGGUGGUACCAAACAGGGCAAAUUGACCAUCAAAACCACGGAUAUGGAGACAAUAUACGACAUGGGAAGCAAAAUGAUCGAUUCGAUGACAAAAGAGCGCGUAAUGGCAGGAGACAUUAUAACAAUUGACAAAUCUUCGGGCAAAAUUACCAAGCUGGGACGAUCGUACGCAAAAUCGAGAGAUUACGAUGCAAUGGGUGUGGACACAAAGUUCUUGCAGUGUCCAGACGGUGAGCUGCAGAAGCGCAAAGAAGUCGUCCACACCGUGAGCUUACACGAGAUUGACGUGAUUAACUCAAGGACGCAGGGUUUCUUGGCUCUUUUCUCGGGGGACACUGGAGAAAUCAGAAGCGAGGUUCGUGAUCAGAUCAACACAAAGGUUGCGGAAUGGAAGGAAGAGGGAAAAGCCGAAAUUGUGCCUGGUGUUCUUUUCAUCGACGAAGUUCAUAUGCUGGAUAUCGAAUGCUUUUCAUAUAUCAAUCGCGCUUUAGAGGAUCAGCUCGCACCCAUCGUCAUAAUGGCAAGCAACCGUGGAAAUUCUAGAAUUCGAGGCACGAAUUACAAAAGUCCCCAUGGAUUACCUCUUGACUUCCUAGAUCGUGUUGUUAUUGUUAGCACUCAUCCAUACGCCAAAGAAGAGAUUCAGCAGAUCCUUUCCAUUCGUGCACAAGAAGAGGAAGUCGAUGUUUCUUCUGAUGCACUAGCCUUACUAACUAAGAUUGGACAAGAAGCCGGUCUCAGAUAUGCCAGUAACCUUAUCACCACAUCACAACUCAUCUGUGCGAAACGAAAGGCUACGCAGAUCGGUAUCGAAGACGUUCAACGAAGCUUUGCCCUUUUCUUUGACUCUGCACGCAGUGUCAAGUUCGUCACGGACUUUGAGAAACGUUUUAUUGGUGAUGAAGGAGAUGUGAACUUGUCAGUGACCAAUGGUCAUGGCGAUGCGAUGGAACUUUGA